AUGUCGGCUGGUUAUUUCCCAAAACGCGAAAAGGUCGGACUUGAAGACUUGUUCAAGGGCCUGGUAACCGCCUCUCACAUCCUUCAUUAUCAUGGAGUUCUUGACGCAUAUGGACACGUAUCUGUGCGCUCGCCUGAUAACCCUGCGACCUUCUGGAUGCCCUGCAAUAUGCCUCCGGCCCUUGUGUCCACCCCUGAGGACCUAGUCGAGUAUAAGGUCGAAGAUGCCAGUGAGGUCGAGAAGGAUGCGAAGAAAGGCUAUCUUGAGCGACACAUCCACAGCGAGAUAUAUAAACGGUUUCCCAGCGUGAACGCUGUUGUGCAUAGUCACUGUUCUGCAGUGUUGCCCUAUUGCAUCAGCGGAGUUCCACUGAAAGCGUCCAUACAUAUGGCUGGCUUCUUGGGAUCGAAUGUUCCCGUAUGGGAUAUUGCCUCUCAUUACUCGAGUGGGGCAAAGCACGAUCUUCUUGUUCGGGAUUCGCAACUAGGUGCUUCUCUCUCAGCUGCCUUCAAGCCAGCGACCUCGGCAGGUUUCCUCUACUCAAAGGUCCGAUCAGCCCUCCCCACUCAGAUUGGCGGCUCGCAGGAGCCAGAUAAAGAGCCAAAUUUUGCUACGGUCCUGAUGCAAAGCCAUGGCUUCACUACGCUUGCGCACGGAAUCGAGGAGGUGGUGUAUCAAGCGAUAUAUACCAAGGAAGCGGCCCAAGCGCAGACGACUGCACUCACGAUUCGAAAUGCACAUUUUGGUCAUACUAUCGAGGGCAAUGUCGAUGUUCAAGGAGGAGGGAAAAUCAAAUCUGCCAAGGUCAAGGCCGAGGGUGAUUUGACAUACCUGAGUGAUAGAGAGGCACAUGAUGCGUGGGAAUCGAAUCAAGGAACGGUACAUCGUCCUUGGUCUCUUUGGUGCCGAGAAGUCGAAGUUUGUCCGCUGUACAAGAAUGACUGUCCCGGAUGCGAGGAUGAUUGA